AUGGUCCGGUGGCGGGGCCGGGCGCGGGGCGUCGCGGUGGCGGUGGCGCACGGGCUGUGCUCGGGCUCGUUGAACAUCCUGCUCAAGUUCUUGCUAGCCCGCUACCACUUCGCCUUCUUGACGCUACUGCAGUGCCUCAGUAGCGCGGCGGCGGCGCUGGGGCUGGAGGCGCUGCGGCGGCGGGGACUGGCUGCGCUGCCCCCCUUCGGGCUCCGCCUGGCUCGCCCCUUCGCCGCCGUGGCCGCCCUGGCCACGCUGCAGUCCACCCUCACGCUCUGGUCGCUGCGCGGCCUCAGCCUCCCUAUGUAUGUCGUCUUCAAGCGUUGCCUGCCCCUCGUCACCCUCCUCACCGGCGUCCUGGUGCUGCGCGACGGCAUGCCUUCGCCCGGCGUCCUGGUGGCCGUCCUCAUCACCACAUGCGGCGCCGCGCUGGCCGGUGCUGGUGACCUGACUGGAGAUGCCAUGGGCUACGUGACCGGCGUACUGGCUGUGCUGAUCCAUGCCGCAUACCUGGUGCUCAUUCAGAAGACCAGCGUUGACAGUGAAUAUGGACCCCUGACAGCUCAGUAUGCCAUUGCUGUUUCAGCCACCCCUUUUCUCAUCAUCUGCUCCUUUGCCAGCAUGGACUCCAUCAAUGUCUGGUCAUUCCCGGGCUGGAAGGACCCUGCUAUGGUAUGCAUCUUCAUCGCCUGUGUCCUGAUCAGCUGCGCCAUGAACUUUACCACUCUUCACUGCACUUAUAUUAACUCAGCUGUAACCACCAGCUUUGUAGGGGUGGUGAAAAGCAUAGCAACCAUCACGGUGGGCAUGGUGGCAUUCAAUGAUGUGGAGCCCACCAAGUUGUUCAUAGCUGGUGUGGUGGUCAACACCUUGGGGUCGGUCAUUUACUGCGUGGCCAAGUACAUCGAGACCAGGCAGCAGAGCACAUACGAAGACCUGGAGAAGGAAGGUAGAGAAGAGGAGGGGAAAAGGCAGGCUGGGGACCAAGCACUGUUUGCAAUGGAGGCAAUUUCCCCAGAGAAGGGGGAUAGGGAAGCAGCGGUGGAAGGAUCAGCUGAAGGGGACAGCCAGGGUGGAGAGGACGAGAAGGACAGCACCAAGAAAGCUGCUGGGGAGCCAUCGGCUCAGGGAAAAGCCACCAGCACACAAGAUGGGAGCAGGAGCUCGCUGAAGGAUGCCUAUCUUGGAGUAUGGAGGUUGGUGAGGGGUGCUAAUUACAUAAAGAAGGAUUAUUUGAUAGAAAAUGAAGAGCUACCGAGCCCUUGAAAAGCAGGUGUGAAAACCCCACAGAACAUGUUGCUUGAGGACAGACAGCUGGGUUCUAUGUACAGAGGGAGAGGCAGAGCAUACAUUUCCACAUCAAUGCUGACAAAUCCAAGUCAUUUAGGAUAACUUUACCUCAUUGUCAAAAAGCAAAAGGUCAGGGUUUGCUCAUGCUUUCUGCUCGCAUUUAACUGCUUUCAGUACAUCCAUUUAGACCUGCCACAGCUAAGGUACCAAGUCCUUUGCUGUGGAUACAUACAGAGUUGGGUAAUGGCAAGCCGUGAGAUGACCAUGAGGGGUAUCAGUGCCACUAGGUUGAAAGCAGUGCCGGCGGUAGCCUGUAGCUUGAGGCUCUGUUGAUGUAAUUCUUUAUCCAUCCAAUUCUACGUACUCUGUACAAGUGUAUUCCUGCAAUUUGUAAGUUCCUAUUAACUGUACUUGUAUGUGCUCUUCUGUGUCACUAUGAUUGCAACAGAGCUAGAGGCUGUGCUAGUUGAAUUGUAUCCAUGUACGAUCACCCACCUAGGUGAAGAAUUGAAAUUCACUCUGAUUCUGCGACCAGGCUGGGCCAUGGUCCAGCUUCAUGUUAUGUGGUUUGUGUCUUCAGUGGAAAUGCUUCAAUCUUGCACGUGCAGGAGAGCAGAACUGGAUCUGAACUUUUGAGGAGCUUUAGUCAGCAGAAGAAGGACAUUUGCCUGUGAGCUUUGACUACAUGUAGCAUUGGGAAGAUUAGCUUGACCGAAAUACAAUAGUUUGGAAUUAUUGGGUUGUAUUGAUUUGACUUGGGAAGGCUAUUAAAAAAAAAUACAGGGAGAAAGUGUGCCUUGGGCUCUCACUUUUAUACUGUAGAGUCGGGCAGAUCUCAGCCUGCGCCUGAACCUGGGUGCAGACUACAGCAGAGAUGUGGGGAUCAUCUCUGCCCACACCCACACCAGGGCUCCCAGAGCUUCUUUGGAAGGGCAGUUCUGUCGUGACCUGACUGCUGGGCUGUGUCAUUGUGUGGCUGCAGUGUCCUGUGGAUGCAGGCAGGGAGCUCUGGCAGAUCGUACUCCGGGCCAGGUCUGCACAGCACACUUGGCACUGGAACACCUGGGUCUUUGGGGGAAGCUGUGCCCCUCUGUUCUCAGUGCUUCCUUGUGCUGCGAGGGGUAAAGCUGGAGCUCAGCCUCAAGUGCUCAAGGGCUCAUAUGGGAAGCAGGAAGCAUGAUCUCCAGUGGAUCGUCUAAGCAAUAUGCUCAUAAUUUGUACCAAAUACCUGUAGCAGGUAAGACAGAGGAAACAAGUGUCUGAGUAUUUCUUAGCCUGGGGAAGCCCUUUGGGAGGCAGCAGUCUUUGGGUCAUGCCUAUGCUCAGGGCCACACAGAGAAGAGGUCUGACCCCAAGUCCUUAUCAUCCCGAGAGUGCCCCAGCUAUCGACCACAGACUGAAACAAGUGGUUACCAUUUCCUGGAGAAAAAAAGAGAUGGAUCAAGCUUUUGUCACUGUUUUGGUGGUGGUGGUUGUUGUUUUUGUUAUUUAUUAUUAUUUAUUAAGCCACUGAACUAUAAACCAGCUAUACCUGCAUCUCCAGUUAAACAGUGCCUACCCUAAUGCCUUCUUCAGUCAAACAGUCACACUAAUGGUGAAUUCAGCUCUGAAAUCAGCAGUGAGCAAUUUCCGCAGGAGGGCAUAUGUACAAAAUUAGUCUCUAGGGAAAAAGUAGAUUCUUGUUCAAUUCAAAUACAGAUAGAAACUGUUGGGCACAGUAGUAUUUUUUCAAAACGAGUGCAGAAGUUGGAUGACCUGGUAUCACCCAUGGAUUUGGAAAGGGACUGUUAAUGAAGGCAGUCAGCCUGUAGUGGGGAUGCGGCACGGAGAUGUGUACAUCACACUUGUGUAUAGCUGCUGCUUCAGAGUGGAGAAAUACCAACUGCUGAAAUAUGUUUACUUUCUGCUCAAGCUCCAUAAGGCAUCUUUCAAUAAAAGCACUGUUUAUUGUUUAUGAGCCAAUGGGUUUUUUUGUUAUUUUUCAAAUACAUCUUAUAUGAGGCUGUGCCUGUAAUGUAGAGUUGCAGUGUUACUGAACUCUUUACAGUAUCAUCUACGUAGCAAUCUGUACAGAUGGCUGAAGAGAAACCUGCAUUUCUGACCUGUUCUUACUGCUCAGUGCUGUUUAACCACAGAAAUGAGGAUCUUUUUGCCACCUGACUGCCAGUCCCACUGUAGCACACUGUGCUUCCUUGGCACAUGCUAUAGAGAGCUCUCCGCCGGGAUUUGUACCGCAAGACUUCUUCCUGGAGGAGUUCAGUGUUUUGCCUUUUACUGUUGUGGAAGUAUCAUUAGAAACUUGUGGAAAUUUGAACAGUUUCAACUGUUAAAAAAGCUGCUGUUACCAUGUUGUAUGUUUGCAUGUAUAGGAAAAAUGUGAUAAUGUUGUAUGCUAUUUAUACAUUUACAUUCCCUAAAUUAAAAUGGGAAUUUGGCAAACACAGUUAACUUUUUUUUUUUUUUUUUCCUCAAUAAAGAGA